UAUUCUCCACCACUGCAAAGCUCUUUAAAGAAAUAAGAAAAGAGAGGAGAAAUAAUUAUAAUACUUAUUAAAGAUGGAAAUCCUGCAGGUACUUCACAUGAACAAUGGAGAAGGAGAGACUAGCUAUGCCAAAAACUCCAACAUCCAGAGGAAGAUAAUAUCAGUGACGAAUUCAAGACUUGAGGAAGCAAUUUUAAACAUUAUGUGCAACAACAAAAAGGUGCCGGAGAGCAUUGGCGUUGCAGAUUUGGGUUGUUCCUCUGGACCGAACGCUUUGAUGGUCGUCACAGAAAUUAUAGAUAUCAUAGAUGCCACGUGCCGAAAAUCGGGCAGCUCCUUCCCGGAGUUGAGAAUUUCUCUUAAUGAUCUUCCGGGCAAUGAUUUCAAUGAAAUAUUUAGGUCCUUGCCAGCAUUUUUUCAGAAAAUAAAAGAAGAAAAAGGUUCAGAAAGUUGCUAUGUUGCUGGAGUUCCUGGUUCAUUUUAUGGAAGGCUUUUCCCCCUAAAGAGCUUGCACUUUGUUCACUCUUCCUCCAGUCUCCAUUGGCUUUCUCGGGUUCCACUUGGUUUGGGUAUUAAUGCAAGGACAGCCCUAAACAAAGGGAAGUUAUACAUAUCAAAGACUAGUCCAAGUGAAGUCAUCAAUGCAUACGUGUCACAGUUUCAGAAAGACUUCUCUUCAUUUCUCCGAUCACGAUCGCCGGAGAUAAUUCCCGGAGGGAGGAUGUUGUUGUCACUGAUGGGGAGGAGCUCUAUUGAUCCCACCAUUGAAGAUGGUUGCUACUACCAAUGGGAGCUCCUUGCACAUGCACUCUCUACUUUGGUCUCCAAGGGCCUAGUAGACGAGGAGAAAAUAGAUUCCUUUAAUGCACCAUACUAUGCACCAUGCCCUGAGGAAUUGAAAAUUACUGUUGAAAAAGAAGGCUCAUUUAUGAUUAAUCAUAUUGAUGCUUUUGAGAUUGAGUGGGACGCGAACAUUUCUUCGAAUUCACCAGCACAAUGUGAAGACAAAAAAAUAUUAUUAUCAAGGGGCCAACAGGUGGCUAAAACAAUAAGGGCUGUGGUUGAAUCAAUGGUGGAAUCUCAUUUUGGAAAUGAAAUUAUGGAUGACUUGUUUAGUGUUUAUAGUGAUCUUGUGGAUGAUUAUGUGUACAAGAAGAGAGCCAUCUAUGUUAAUUUGGUUGUUUCUCUCACACGCAAGGACUGAUUUAUGCUCAAAGUAGUAGACUAAACAAAAUGAUUCUAUGUAAACUCCACAUGUUAAACAGUGGUCCGAUCAUUUUUUUUUUCUUUCAAUUUCAAUUGAUUCAAUACGUGUCAACUGCUUGUUGUAACAUUGUGCCUCAAUUAAUGAAAUACUUUUAUAUUAGAAUGC